CUCGUCGAUGCCGGCUUGUCUAGUGUUCUGCCACUAGCCCCUCUUACCGGUGAUCCGGGUUUGAUUACUGCGCUCGUAGAGCGUUGGAGACCCGAGACAUCGACAUUUCACAUGCCGUUCGGUGAGGUGACGAUCACUCUAGAGGACGUUGCGACACUCACUGGAUUAGCGAUCGACGGUGAUGCCGUCAUAGUAGACAUACCAGACGAGGACUGGUCGGCUAUGUGUCUUCGACUGUGA